AUGUAUGCCUCUCAAUCAGCUCAAUUCCAAGCCCUCUCAACCCCCGAGAUACUCGAAUUGAUCCUGCUGCAACUUGAUAUGCGCACGCUUCUCACUUCUGCCCAACGAGUCUGCCGUCUCUGGGCCGACCUGACCAAAAAAUCUCCAUACAUCCAGGAAGCUCUCUUUCUGACACCUGUGAGGGAUAAUAAUACCAACACCGUCGCUGUCAACAAAGUGCGUAAUCCACUCUUGGCCGAAGCUUUCCCUUCUAUUUUCCAAAAUACAAAUACUAUCAGCGCCUACGAGGAGGAAGAACAUGACGUGUUUACAUUAACGAGCUUUGAUUUGAUCCUAAACCCUGAGAAGAAAGAAGCGUAUCUACGACCAGGAGCAAGUUGGCGUCGCAUGCUGGUCCAACAACCUCCAAUACCCAAGAUAGCGAUAUUUCAGGUGUUCUACGGCAUGUCAAUCGGAUACAGGUACUAUGAGAUCCCGAGAGACCCGAGAGACAUGAAAGACGGUAUACGCAUGGACAUGCUGUUCGAAGUGCUUCUCUUCAACGAGCAUCUCGAUAUAGAUGUCAAUCGGAUUGUCUGGCAGGGACAUGUGCCUCCUUCACUCCGCCACAGUUGGAGUGAGCUUGAGCGACAUGGGAAGAUCAAAAUGGACACCGAUAUUGUCAUUUGUACGAAGAAAUGGAACCGGUGUUAUGACUCAGACUCAGACUCGGAUUCGGACUCGCAGACUGCAGAUGAAAGGGCGAGAAACCAGAUCAGGGCUUCUUAUAGGAACUUGGGCCUGCGGCCAAAGUGGCAGGGUCAUGAGAAGAGGAGCGAAAUGCUGGAGUGGUCCAUUCUGUGGGAUUAGCAUUGGUAGUUCUUCUGUACUAUCAGGAUAUGUUUCUUCUCAUUG